AUGGCGGUGGAAGAAGAACUGAACGUUAAUGACAUCUUACUUUCAGGCCCUGUUGCCUCUGAGGGGCUUCCACCCAACCACCCACUGUUACGGGAGGCCCAGGCAACUUUAAAGGAACACCUGAGGAAACGGCUGGUGAACUUGGACGAAAGGCUUUUUGAAUUGAACGUCGAGAGAAAAAAGCUUGACAAGGAACACAAUGAAGUCGGCCAGAACCUCUACAACGAACAACAAAGAGUUAAGGGCUUCAAAAACCAAAUCACAAAGCUGGCAAAUGACGAGGAAGAAAGCAAAAAGAGACGGGCUGCAAGUGAAGCGGAGUUAAGAAAGACAAUUGAGCAACUCCGAGAAGAAGAAGCGGAAGUAGCAGCGAGAAAAAAUGCUCUUUUCAAGGCCCAAGAAGAUUAUAAUGAUCUGAAAUUCGCACUUCAAAAGGCCCAGGAACACACUGCUAACCUUGAAAAUGCCAUUAAGGUACAUACACGCUUCACGAUACGCUAA